UUCUGCAUUAUGAAAGAACCAAACUUGCUGAUCAGACGAGCAGGAAUCAAGAAAUGCUUCAAAGAAAUUCCAUCAAUCAACGAGCAAGAGCGUGUACUUAUUCUAAGUAGUCUUUGGAACAUUGCCAUGACUCAACCCGAAGAUCCAGAGUUUCCUUCCCUAGGUAUUUUCAAAUGCAUGGUAAGCUUGCUCCAUAAGAGCAUCAACGAUAAACCAUGGCUUCUUGAUGGCCAAAACGUAUAUAUACCAUAUUAUGCAGCCCAUAUCGUGGGAUCCUACACCAUGAACAGAUUCGAGUUUGCAGAAAAAGCUGUGGAAUCUGGUGUUAUUCUGCCAUUGUUGGAUCUUAUGAGAGGAAAGAUGAGUUGGUUGGAGCAAAGGGUUGCAGUUAGAGCACUUGGACACCUAGCAAGCUACGACAGUACAUUUGAAGCUGUUGCGGUUUAUGAAGAAGAGGUAGUGAAGCUAGCCAUGGGCCUAGCCUCUAGCUGUGGUGAGGUAGUCUAUAACGAGUUUGUGGCCCUUAAGGAUGAGAACAAGAGGGUGGAAUAUCAUAAAAACUUGAUCACUAGAGGGGCUGGAGGGUUAGAGAUGGAGAAUAGAAAGGCUGAGGAAUGGGCUAGCCAAAUACAGUGCUGGUCUCUACACCUACUAAAUUGCUUUGCCAUUAGAGGUAGGUCCAUAGAUCUUAUCUGUAAUAAAGAGUUCUUGAAGGACUUGAGUUCAAUGUGGGGUGGCUAUGUGAAUCACACAUCACCUGCUGGGGUCGGGAUGAUAAGGAUCUUGUGUUAUACUCGAGUUGGAAGAACAAGAGUUUCAGAAUCUAAAGAAGUUAUCGAGAGUAUCUGCAACCUCUCAAGGUCUUCGGACGAUUGGCAGUAUAUGGGGAUCGACUGUCUUCUAUUACUUCUCCAUGACCUGAACACGAGGUACAAAGUUCUUGAAAUUGUAUCUUUUUAUUUGUUUGAUUUGGUUGAGCUCAGGAAACUAGGAGAAAGGUCAAAGCUAGGCCAGAAAAUCACAAGGGCACUGCUCAUUGACUUCAAGAAUAGGAAAUCAAGAAUCAAGAACCCUGAAGUUGAAAGAAGACUAAAAGAAAUUUGGGUUUCAAAAGUUGAUAGGAACAGGAGAGAAAUAUUGAUGUCUGAUGAGAAACUAGAAGAGAAAAGAGUGCUGGUGAGUCUAAUAAAACAAGCAGCGAAUCAUAGCUUUUGGUUAGGAGAGAUAGAAACUGCAGUGGUGAAAUACACAGAAGGUAUAAAACUGUGUCCAACAAGACUAAGGAAAGAAAGGAUUGUGCUUCACAGUAAUAGAGCUCAGUGUUACUUGCUUCUUAAUAAUCCAGAUGCUGCCAUUAGUGACACUACCCGAGCUCUUUCCAUCUCAAAUCCAGCAAAUUCUCAUGCCAAGAGCCUGUGGAGAAGAUCUCAGGCUUACUACAUAAAAGGGAUGGCUAAAGAGAGUUUGAUGGACUGUUUGAUGUUCAUCAAAGCUUUUGUUACUGCUGACAAGAAAAAACAUGCAAAAAUCCCUUACUAUGCAGUGCAUAUGAUCAGAAAGCUGAUGGAUUCCACAUGGUUUUUCGCAUCUGCCAAGUCGAAGUUAUCAAACAAUUGUACCAGUAAUCUUGAUGCAAGCUCAUCUAGCGAUCCUGGAAGAAGUAAGGAAGAGCUCACAAACGAUGAACUGCUGAUAAGGAGGGCGAUCAAUGAGAACAAGCAUUUGAUGUCAGGAUUAUAUACCAUUUUAGAAGAACCUGUGAUCAGAAAAGUUAGCCAAGCUACCAGGAGAAAGGUGUAUAGAUAUCGAAGGAGAAAGAACACUUCCAUGGCUCGAUCAAUAUAACAAAUACUUAGGUAUGUAUCAGAAGUUUAGGCAAACAUCGGUUUUACCCGUUUCCCA